CUGUUGCAGGAAAUAGAAUGAAGAUGGCGGCUUCUACAAUAUUGCUAACUGAAACCGUGUUAGGAUGGUCUAUUUUCGCUAUUGUACUGUUGGUUAUCCUGGCCUUCUGUUGGUUCUACAUUCGAAAUUACCAGAGUCGGCAGGAGAGUGAAGUCAUCUCCACCAUUACAGCCAUAUGUGCUCUGGCCAUUGCACUUAUCACAUCAGCUCUCCUCCCAGUGGAUAUUUUUCUCGUGUCGUUCAUGAAGUAUCAGAAUGGUACAUACAAGGACUGGGCAGCAAGUAAUGAAACGAGGAGUCAAAUUGAAGACACGAUCCUAUAUGGCUACUACACUCUGUACGCCAUCAUUCUCUUCUGCGUCUUCUUCUGGAUCCCCUUUGUUUAUUUCUACUAUGAAGAGAAAGAUGAAAACAUCAGCAAGUGUUCGCAAGCAAAAAAUGCAGUGAAAUACACAGUUGUAUUUGUUACCAUCUGUGCUGCACUUCUUUUGAUUGGGGCCUUUGCACCAUUGCUGCCUCCACCCAAGCAGAACUCUACCCAAUGGGACAAGCUGCAGUACCUGUUCAAGGAGCUGGGCAGCAGCAACGGUGUGGUGGCCCUGUCUUUCUCCAUCAGCUCCCUGACUUUGAUUGGCAUGCUGGCAGUGAUCACAUACACAGCAUAUGGGAUGUCUGUGCUACCCCUGAACCUGAUCAAAGGCCCGCGCAGUGUCCUCUAUGAACGGCUAGAGAACACAGAAGAUAUGGGGGAGGUUGAGCAACAAAUAGAAAAGCUAAAAGCCAAGAGUGAGCAUGGAAGGCCACUCUCUUUGAAAGACCGGAGGAACCUACAGGAUCUGGAGGCUAAGCUUUUGAUGUUGCGCCGCCGGGGCCAUCACCUCGAGAAUGCUGAUAGGAACUGCUGCACUAAAGUGAGCAAGGUCCUCCGUCCCUUUAAGAUUUUGCUUGGAGUUUUAUUCAUCCUGGUGGCACUCCUGUUCUUCAUAUGCCUGUUCAUUUCCAAUCUGGACAAAGCCCUGUAUUCAUCUGGGAUGAGCACUGGCCUUAUUGUCUUUGGAACAAACCUAACAAACCCCUUAAAUGAGCUGCUGCUGGCAUUGCAACCGGUUUUUCCUCUUGACUAUGUGUUGAUCACCGUUAUCACCAUGUACUUUGUGUUCACUUCCAUGGCAGGCAUUCGUAAUAUGGGCAUAUGGUUUUUCUGGAUAAGGUUGUACAAGAUCAGGCCACAAAGAACCCGUCCUCAGGCCCUGCUCUUCCUCUGCAUGAUCCUGCUCCUGAUUGUACUUCACACCAACCACAUGAUCUACAGCCUUGCCCCACAGUAUGUCAUGUAUGGCAGUCAAAAGUACCUAUGGCAGGAAAACCACACCUCUGCUGCCACCAUGAAGACAUGUCAUGCAGAUGCUCCAGAUGACCAGUGCACAGUGACGAGAUCUUAUCUUUUCCUCCACAAAUUUUGGUUCUUCAGCACUAUCUACUACUUUGGCAACUGGGCAUUUCUUGCAGUGUUUCUCAUUGGUAUGAUGGUGUCAUGCUGCAGAGGGAAGAAGUCAGUGAUUGAGGGUGAAGUGGAAGAAGAUGAUUCUGAUUGUAGUGAUGAUGAGUAUAUGCAUUAAUAAUGCAAAAGUGAUUAAAAUGUAUUAUUUCAUUGCAUACAGCUUCUUAAUUAUAAUAGGAUUUAUUUUGUAUUGUAUCAUGCUAAUGUUUAUAGGAAAACAAAAAUGCCAGACAAAAGAUGUUCAACACCUGAUUAAAAAACUGCUUGUGGGGGGAAAAAUGAGAUUUAAGACUGAUUGAUUGAUUAAUUGAUAACUUUCACUGCAUUUUUAAAGCUAUAGAAAUUGAGUGUGAGAUUAAUUCACUGAAAGACUUUCCAGUGCGGUCUGUGUUUGUUUUACUUGUAAUAAAAUAAAACGUAAUGAAUUAAUGAGUAACCAGGAGAAUAACCUUUAUUUGUUUUAUAUAAAACACAGCACAGUGAAAAUUAUUUUUUCAUAUAUCCCAGCUUGUUAGGAUGCUGGAGUCAGAGUGCAGGGUCAGCCAUGAUGCAUGGAGCAGAUGGGGGUUAAGGGCCUCACUCAAUGGCCCAGUAGUGGCAACUUGGUGGUGCUGGGGUUUGAACCGCAUAUCUUUUGAGCAGUAUCCCAGAGAAUUAACCAUUGAGCCACCACUGUGCAGCCUUCAAUUUGAUAUUCACUACCAUGCCGAUGUUACUGCCAGCUGAUGUAAUGGUUACGUUAUUCUAACACAUUUUGUUACUUCACAUUUUUGAGUCCAGAUAUUAUGUAAAGCCCAAUGAGGUAUGUGUGUAGUGUAUUUGCGUCCAGAUAUUAUGUAAAGCCCAAUGAGGUAUGUGUGUAGUGUAUUUGCUGUUUUGGAAAUGAUCUUCCUUUAUUUCAUUAAAUAAAAGUUUUGAAAACUGGGA